AUGCGUUUGUCGAGCCUGUACCUUGUAAUUGUUUUCCAGUUAGACGAUCAAGCACUGCAAGAAGAGGCCUUAGUGCUGAAGAUCAUGGAUCAUGAUACGUACAGUGCUCACGACACAAUCGGUCGCGUGUACUUUGACCUUAACCCGUUGCUCAGCCGUGGGCAUACGCGAUGUUUAAACGGCUGGUUCCCUAUCUACGAUACAAUGCAUGGUAUACGCGGAGAAAUCAGUUUGGCUAUUCGUGUGGAUGUGUUUCUGGAUGUGAAUCGCUACCAUCAAUCCUCUCUCGGUGUCCGAUUUUUCUACAGUUCUGGUGUUCCCAAUGGAUUUACUAUGGAGUAUCUAAUCGGUUUUGUUCAAGAAUUGGUCAUGAACGAUGAUCCCGAACAUCAAUGGAUUGAAAAAAUUCGCACAUCGCGUGCUUCAAAUGAGGCCAGACAACGGCUGUUCAGUCGACUCAGUGGUGAACUUCAACGCAAAAUGGGGCUGAAAGUAUUGAAUCUGGGCGGAAACUCAGUAAUCGGCUAUCAACUGCAUUUCGAUUUGGAAGGCGAAACGGGAGUGGUCGUGCGUGGAAUUGGCACGGCUGUGCGUCUGCGAAAAUGUCGCCCUGUGCACUCGCCACCUAACAGUCCGUCAUCCGGUCUUAAUCGGAGUCUCCAUGGAUUUCCAGACGCGUUGGGAAAUUCCCCGGUUGACAAUGCCGAUUCACCUGUCUCGUCAGAAACGGAACCACCCAAUAAAGCUGGUAUCCAAUUUCGUGAUGCGUGGUGGCUGGAACUGCGUACAGAAGUUACACAGCAUAUGUUUAGUGUGGGCUGCAAUGCGGUGAUUGGCUAUCGAGAGGAGUGUGCAAUUUACGAGGAUGUGUGCAUCCUAUCGAACUACGGCACAGCUGUGGUCCUUGAACCACGUUGCAUUGGUCCAGCAUCGUUGCUUCAGUCUGCGAUCGGAAAAACAUCAGAUGUGACCAACAGCACUGUACCAGCCCGUGAACCAUCACCGGAUCUGUUACACACAGGGGAAACGCCUGCAGUGGUGGCGAAAACAGCUAGCACUCCACCAUUGACUAUUGGCAACAAUGAAACAAAGCCGGCCCAUUCGAAUUUGCAUUGCCCAUCUGGUCAAUCGUCUGCAGAUCCUCGAUCCACCUUGCAAGCUUCGUGGAUCACAAAGAAACUGGGAGCCGCUGCUCAUUUUCAUCCCAAAUUGCACUAUUUGUCACCUACCCAAAGNCCCAAAGCGAAAGACAGUGCUCAUAGUGGACUUUUUCAAGUUCCAUCCUCUUCGCGUUGCUGCUGUUGUAAAGCUGCCUCGGUACCUGAUGUGAUCCUCAGCUCAGCCGACUUCCCCCCGGAUUUCCCAGUGACUGGAAAACCAGCAUUGAUUCAAGCCCGAAUAUGCCGUUCGAAAAAGGAUAACAAAAGUGAGGCAGCCGCAAACGAACUGAGCGAGCUGUUACCUUUCGUGGAAUAUGAACUUCACUAUCGUUUGUUACAAAAAUUACGGCUCCGAGGAAUGAAUGCCCUGUUCGGCCUGAAAUUUCGUAUCACUGUUGGUGAUUUUCUGUUGGCUGCAAUCGCGACCGGAACCGGUGUAUUCGUGCCCGCUCUCCCCGUACCUCCACCUCCGAAAGUGUUUCUCAGCACAAUGACUACGGUAUCUGCUGAUGAACGCAUGUUUCGAAUGCGGCUUCAAAAACAGGUAAACGAGUACGUUCGUCGAAGUCGAAAAUUGUUCGGAUUGAGUGAAUUGGAGGCAGAAAAAUCACCAGUCGGUGUGCAGUUCGAAACUGUAGGUCCGUCUAGUGAACGUGCGGGAAAAUCUUCGGGGGAACCAAAUGCGUCCAAUACAGACGCUGGGUUAGAAGAUGCAGUCGGAGGUUCAUCAGACUCUUUAUUGACCAAUCCCGGUCUAUCGGUCAAUCGCACUCCGUCUAGCACCACUCGUCGUCCCGACCAUGGAAGCGUAUUUCUCGAGAUCCGUGAACCGGAACCGGAAGAACUGCAGGUCCUAUUGUGUGAUCCUCUACAACCUUCGGGUUUGCUCCUCACCACGACUGAAUCACUUCCAAACUCAAGCCUGGAGCAUCUGUCCCGUGUUGGUUCCAUUGAGACGGAAGAUGAAGAUAUGAUCUCAUCAAUCUGUUCCAACGAUUCGGAAAAUACGAACCCUGUUGGAUCCGGCAUGGACUCCGCGUGGACGGUGAUUCAGAGUUUCACACGGUUGCACGAAACCCAAUUGACCGGGUCAGACUCGUUCUUCGAGACGGUUGGUUCCUCUCGUUUCGUGCUCAAUGAGCUUGGUCGUUUGGUAUCCGAUCUGCCUGAACUAACCCCCGAUGGCACGGUGAAUCCAAUUUCGAGUAGCAUUACUUGUCCACCAACAGCCCCGAGCGCCCCGGGUCGAGCGACCAGUCAGAGUGGGUCGGUAGUGCCCAGCGCGUCUGUCGCGUGCACAAAUUCACUGAGUAUUGCGUUGCGUGAAUUCAGUCAGUUGACCUGGUUCCGGUUCCGACAUCUGAUCCCGUGCUGUCUGAAUGCCCUGGAUUUCCGGUUGACCAUUACGGAUGAUGAUCAUUUGCAAGUGGGUCCCACUCCUCUCUCGAUACCCUAUCUCAUUUUGUGUGAACGGCUUUUUUGCUGUUUGUCCGCUGUACUUCAGACUGGUCAAAGAAUUCGAGACUAA